UUGUAAGUUGUUUCGUUUCUUUGUUCUAUAUUUCUCGGAAUUAUUGGCGUACACAAAUCUUGGGUAGGUUCGCUUUCUUUUUGUUUUUGGAACUCUGCUGUAUGCGAAUUUAUUGUUUAUAUCCAUCUAGGGUUUUGUUUUCUUCUUGAUUAUUGUGUUAUUUUGGGAUUUUUUUUUUUCCCAAUCGUUUUCGUGGGUUUUGUUUGGGAGUUUCAAUUUUGAUUGUUGAAGUAGACGAUGAUUUUGAAUGUUGAGGUGAAAUUUGGUGGUGAAAAUUGUUGAUUGUUGUUGAGUAUGGGGUUUGAUUUUAUCUGGGAAGCUGGAUUUGUCUGGAUGUGUUAGGAGGUGGUAGUUUCUUCCUAUUGGAACUGUGAGUAAAUAAGGACUGAUUCUGAGUUGAGCGCUGAAAGGACAUGGGAGAGGAUUUGUUAACGAGUUUGUCUAUGGAAAAUCAUCACCCAUCUACACUAUUGUCAAUGGAUUCAAGUUCUAUGUCUCAUGAAGAACUUGAGCGAGAGUUGAAUCGACCUGUUGUUCUUUCCCGACCGCCCGAUAUCAAUCUUCCGCUUUCAGCCGAGCGCAGUCCUCCUCCACAGCCCUGGAAUUCAGACCCUUUUGACAUGUUGGAUGUUAGUCUGGGGACCCAAAUUAAUGAAACUGAUGCUCUUCUUAAUCUGCCAAAGACUGGACGUAAGUUCUCAAAGAGACUAGACAGUGUGUGGGGUGCCUGGUUUUUCUUUACUUAUUAUUUUAAGCCAGUGUUGAAUGAGAAAUCGAAGUGCAAAAUCGUUCGGGACAGUAAUGGGGUUUCUGGGUUUGACAAGUCUGAUCUAGACCUUGAGUGGUUCAUGGUUCAACAUGAUAUGGAGAAUAUAUAUAUGUGGGUUUUUAAGGAAAGGCCAGAGAAUGCACUUGGUAAAAUGCAGCUCAGGAGUUAUAUGAAUGGACACUCUCGACAAGGUGAACGCACUUUCCCUUAUAGCGUUGACAGGGGGUUUGUUCGGUCUCACAAGAUGCAGCGAAAGCAUUACAGGGGCUUGUCGAAUCCUCAAUGUGUGCAUGGCAUUGAUUUACUUCCGUCGCCUAAUCUCAAAGGUCUUGACGAGGAGGAGCAGAAAAGAUGGAUAGAACUUACAGGGAGGGAUCUUAACUUCUCUAUCCCACCAGAAGCAAGUGAGUUUUGUUCGUGGAGGAACCUUCCCAGCACAGAAUUUGAGCUGGAAAGACCCCUUCCUCCCUUGAAGACCAACUCGCAUCCUCCUCCGAGAAAAUUGUUAAAUGGGGCUAGUCUUAACCUGUCAACCCGACCAACGAACCAUGUAAAUGGCGGAGGGAUGGAUCUGUCACCAAAAGGCAACAAGCGGAAGAAGGAUUUGUUUCUUCAUGGGAAUGAUGAAGACUGUUGUUUGCUCAUUAGCCAACAUAAUGAGAGAGUUCAGGAUAUAGAAAUCCAUCCAGUUGAACCUCCAUGGUUAAAUGAUUUCAGUGGGGCAAUGAGGAACGUUUACGGUCCUGUUACAGCUGCAAAAACGAUCUACGAGGACGAGCAAGGAUACUUAAUAAUCGUCAGCUUGCCUUUAGCUGAUCUAAAACGAGUUAAAGUGACUUGGUGGAACAACCUCACUCAUGGGGUUGUAAAGAUAACAUCAGUGAGCACAGGAUGCAUGCCCUUUGUGAAAAGAAACGACAGAACAUUCAAGCUCACCGAUCCAUCACCUGAGCACUGCCCUCCGGGAGAGUUCAUAAGAGAAAUUCCAUUACCAACCAGGAUCCCGGACGAUGCAAAGCUAGAAGCUUAUGGAGAUGAGACAGGUACUGGUCUAGAGAUAAUGGUGCCCAAACAUCGCGUUGGUCCAGAAGAACAUGAAGUUCGUGUCUGCCUUCGCCCUCAUCUCGGAGCAAACGAGCUGGUGUUAUCUUGAAGGAGGCACCGAUCGGAGGGAUAUAAAGGGUGUUUUUCGGUGUGAUUUUGCAAGGGCGUAGCAAAAGAACUGCUGGUGUUUAUGAAAUUAAAAGGGGAAAUAUGUUUUUAAUCUAUUUUUUUCCUUUGAUCUUAAAUACCAUCUUCUACUGCCCAAGUUUAUCUGAUUGGAACAUUAUGGUUUCUUUCAGAAUGGCGGCGGGCACACAGUUGUUGCUGAGAAAUGUUUGUGCUGUUCAUCAUGAAUAGAUAACACCUUACACCAAGCUUAGCUUAACUGCCAGAUUUAAUCUUAUUUAUACAAUAAGAUUGUAAAUGCAUUGAUUUGGAUUAACUGCUA